UAUCAAUACAUAGCCAAUAGCCAUAUGUACUGAGCCAUGCUGAGUUAUGAGAAGUUACCUUGUUCUUCUCACGUUGUCUAUCAAGUUUAUCGAAAAACUUUGUAUAUUUUUAUUGACAACGGUUAAAAAACUCUUGUUUAAAAAAACAAAAAAAAAAAUUUUUUAAAUGAGUGGAAUUUUAAGAAAUACAUUGCGUCUUGUUGGCACAGCAAAAUAUGCUACCAAUAAUCCAACAAAAUAUCUACGAUCCAUGGAGCUCAUAACUAAUCGUUUAAAUCAUUCAUUGUCACCACUUGGCCUACAUAAUUCCAACCUUCAAAGUUCAAACGAUAUUCAAGCUAAAAAAACAACCAAUUUUUGGGGAACCAUACGGGCUGCUGGACGGAAAAUAUUAUCAAUAUUUGUUGAUAAAGAUGAAAUAGCAACAUCAAAUUUGGGUUUUUUUGACGUAUCACUUAAUAGUAGUCAUCUAUAUCUAAUAACACCAAAUAAACAGAGCGCUUUAAUUUUGCCUCCCACAUUCAGCACUAAAUUAAACGAAAGAUCAAUUCAACCUCAAAGCAAUAAAAAAGCUUAUAAUGAAGAGACUUCAGCAUUUUAUUUAGAUAAAUGGCAUGUAUUACUUGAUGGUGAUGAAUUAACAGUUAAACUAAAAGAUACUGGCGAAACUUUUAUUUUGAAACACUCAGUUCACGUUAAAGCUCAAAAAAACUUACCUAAACUAAAUAAGGAUGGUGAAUUAAUAAUCGCUGCACCGAGAUUAGAUCCUCAUGCUGCAAUAAAGUCGGCUAAAAUUACAUCAACGAACGAGUCGAAAAUCUCUUCAUUUACGGAAUACCCCCCACUUACAUGGCAAUGUACGCCUUUCGAACAAUUUUUUCGUUAUGGACAUGGUGUACCAGCGUCAUUAAUAGAAGAAAAUAAUGAGGAAAUAACUGAUACUCCAAAUAGUUUUGGAAUGGUAAAACUACAAUUUCCAAUGACUGUGACACUUGAAGGAACUCCAGUAAAAAUAAAAAUAAAAGAUUCUGAUGAUAAUUUUACUGUCUAUCACAAUGUUGUCAUUAAAGCUGAAAAAGAUCCAAACGUUUCGAGUAAAACAGAAGAUAAAAAAUCAGAAAUUGGUACACUUCGAAUGGCACUUGAGAGCGGUAAUAUUAUGAUUGAAUCAUCACCGGAUACUAAGACUAACCAAGUUGCAUACAUCAAACAAGAAGUCGUUAUUGAAAUUGACUUUGACAGUAAAGUACCAAGUAUACUUGUUUACCCUUAUAUAAAAUAUCUCGUGUCUGUAGAUGAAAAUAAAUAG